UUCAAAAUCCACUUAAGAAGUGAAGAUAUAAGUGAACAAAGGAUGUAGCGUAAUCUAGCACAACAUAUUUAAACCUCACAAAACCCACCCGAAAGAUGAACCCAUAUCUCUCUACUCUGUUGCUGACGAUACAUACACCUUUACUUACAUUAUAUUCCCGCCAUCGCGAUGGCGACGUCUCUGAAUCUAUCAUCGAUCUUCUCCUCCUCCUCAAGGCUCGUCACCACUCCCUCCUCUGUUUUUCCCAUCCGUCAGAGGCGACGGAUCAUCCUCGUUACGUCUUCUUCUUCCGGAGGUGGAGGAAAACCGACGAUUCUCGUAACGGAGAAGCUAGGCCAAGCGGGGAUCGAUCUGCUUAAGAAGUACGCUAAUGUGGAUUGCUCUUAUGAUCUGAGUCUCGAGGAGCUUUGUACGAAGAUCUCUCUUUGUGAUGCGCUCAUCGUCAGGAGUGGUACCAAGGUUGGGAGAGAUGUGUUUGAAUCGUCGCGUGGGAGGCUUAAGGUUGUUGGACGCGCUGGUGUUGGGAUUGAUAACGUCGAUUUGGCGGCGGCGACUGAGUAUGGGUGUUUGGUUGUUAAUGCUCCGACUGCGAACACUGUGGCUGCUGCUGAACACGGAAUUGCGCUUUUGACCGCCAUGGCUAGAAACAUUGCUCAAGCUGAUGCUUCUAUCAAAGCUGGCAAAUGGACGAGAAACAAGUAUGUAGGUGUUUCACUUGUGGGGAAGACUCUUGCUGUUCUUGGUUUUGGUAAAGUUGGAUCAGAGGUUGCUAGACGAGCCAGGGGACUUGGUAUGCAUGUCAUUACACAUGAUCCUUAUGCACCAGCGGAUCGUGCACGAGCUAUUGGUGUGGAGCUUGUUAGUUUUGAAGUAGCUAUUUCAACUGCUGACUUCAUCUCUUUGCAUCUGCCUCUUACUGCUGCUACUUCGAAGAUGAUGAAUGAUGUGACCUUUGCGAUGAUGAAGAAAGGAGUCCGUAUUGUUAAUGUUGCUCGUGGUGGAGUUAUUGAUGAGGAAGCUCUUUUGAGAGCGCUUGACUCGGGUAUUGUUGCUCAGGCAGCUCUUGAUGUUUUUACAGUAGAGCCACCUGUUAAAGAUAAUAAGUUGGUGUUACAUGAGAGUGUCACUGCCACACCUCAUCUUGGUGCUAGUACUAUGGAGGCUCAGGAAGGAGUGUCUAUCGAAGUCGCAGAAGCUGUUAUUGGAGCUUUGAGAGGAGAACUUGCUGCUACCGCGGUCAAUGCACCAAUGGUUCCACUAGAGGUAUUGAGGGAGCUGAAGCCGUAUGUUGUACUUGCUGAGAAGCUUGGGAGGCUGGCUGUACAAUUGGUAACUGGUGGAAGCGGUGUGAAUGCUGUGAAAGUGACUUAUGCUUCUUCCAGAGCUCCUGAUGAUCUCGACACUAGACUUCUCCGAGCCAUGGUCAUAAAGGGGAUCAUCGAACCCAUUUCCAGCGUAUUCAUAAAUCUGGUUAACUCCGAUUAUAUUGCCAAACAACGUGGAGUCAAAAUCUCAGAAGAACGUAUGGUUCUAGACGGCUCACCUGAGAAUCCAAUUGAAUACAUAACUGUUCGGAUAGCAAACGUGGAAUCAAGAUUUGCCAGCGCUUUAUCAGAGUCCGGUGAGAUCAAAGUAGAAGGCAGAGUGAAACAAGGGGUUCCAAGUCUUACCAAAGUCGGAUUAUUUGGAGUGGAUGUGAGUUUAGAAGGGAGUGUGAUUCUGUGCAGGCAAGUAGAUCAGCCUGGGAUGAUCGGUAAAGUUGCUAGCAUCUUAGGAGAUGAAAACGUCAACGUGAGCUUCAUGAGCGUCGGUCGAAUCGCUCCAGGCAAGCAAGCUGUGAUGGCAAUUGGAGUAGAUGAACAACCAAGCAAAGAAACUUUGAAGAAAAUCGGAGACAUUCCUGCCAUUGAAGAGUUUGUUUUCCUCAAACUAUAGGUUAAUACUUUACAUGGAUGCACAUAAGAAAAAACUCAGAGAUCGAUAUAAUCUUAAAUGAUGAUUUAUUCUGUACUAAUGAUACAAUCGAGUGUACAUGAAACAAAUUACAUAGUUGAUUUUUUCCAAAGCGGC